AUGCCGCAUAACGCGCACGCCGCCGACGGUAACUCGUCACACCACGGCCGCCAUGCGACCCACACGGACAUUGGAACCACUAUAGACAACAUUAUCUCGAAUCUCGGCGAAAUAGCCAUCGAGGAAGAGACUGAACCAAAUGGGAAGGCGAGAUAUGUGCUGCGCAAUAGGGACCAGGACGAAGACGAAGAUGAUGACUACGUGUGGGAAAACAAGCCCACCGUGAAACCGUUUGAUGGAGACCUCAGACGCCAGUAUCUGGCUUAUAUCCACAAAAUCAACUCCAGCCCAUGUGGCCCCGGAGAUCUCGACGAAUUCGUCAAAGAUGGCGUGGUUCACAAUGACUCUGCGCCAAUGCCGGUUCACGAGUAUGCGAGGCUCAUAGGCGACAGCAAAAGAGACCUGCCAGGGUUGCUGUUCGAGGUGGAAAUGCUCAUCGUGGAGAAGAACCAUGGUAGCAUCAUCAGCCCUCCUCCUGCUGCAGUCGUCAGCACGACGAGCACUCCUGGUAGUAAGGAAGACUGGAGACAGAAAUGCGACGGCUCGGUCGCGGCCCGGCUGAAAUUGACCUACAAGCCGACACCAACGACGCAGGACACGUUUUACGAGCAUGUCUUUUACGCCCUCGAACAAGGCAAGAUAUUCAGAGUUUGGAGUCUGCUGGACGGGGCGGGUUUGAAGUGGAAGGAGAAGAGGGACGAGGAUAUUCGCAAGGAGGUAUAA